AUGGACAUUGCCAAUACCUCUUCAUCUUCCACUACAACUACCAAUAUUAUUAAUAACAAUAAGAUUGAAGUCAAUAAUAGUUAUAUAUCCUGUAGUCCAGACCUUACACCAUUAUACUCACCAACCAAAUCUACAACACCUUCAACAACAACAUCAACAUCAACUAUACAAUUCACUCGAAGGACUUCCUUGCUGUCCGACACAUUCAAGUCUUUAAACAACAACAAUAACAUCAAUAAUAAUAGCCAUAUCAUCAACUUGAGCGGCAGCAAUAACAACAACAAUAUUAACAUUGGCAGUGAAGUAGGCCAGAGUAAUACAGUCGUGGAGAACAAUACACCUACAACUCAACAACCAACAGAACAGAUGAGUGGAUCAUUUAGAGAGAAUGCCAUCGAUCAAAGUGAUAUGAAACAUCUGCUGUCAUCACAGAUCAACAGUCGGGAAAAGGAAAUUGAACGACUGGCAAGGAUUGCCGAACGUGACAAGUUGGACUCAAUGUCCUAUCUCCAACAGAUAAACGAGUUUCGUGAGAUAUUGGCCGCAUUCCUCAAGGACUUUUACACGGACGAGACCAACGCAGAGACGCUGGAGCGCAAGAAGCACAUCGAGACCACCACCACACUCCUCAUCAACCUGGCGGAUGGCAGUCACAACAAUGGUAGCACCAGCAAGUCCAUAUUCAAUUCUCCGACAGUCUCAAGGGCAAUGGGCGGAGGUGGAGAACCAUCAAAGGAGUUGAUACAAUCGAUGGCAUUUUGGGAGCACACUCAGACCCAAUCACCUUCUACUUCUACAUCACACUUGGUUGUCAACAAUGAUGCACCACUGGUGGAGACUAGCAAUCCUGAGGAGUCGGUCGGCAACUUAGUUUCCUCUUUCCAGAACAAGGACGAGGAGCUCGAGCGUGUCAAGACCAGACAGCAGUCACUGCUGGCAAAGUCACAAUACCUCAAGGACAAGUACAACGAGAUGUCCACACUCUUGCAAUCCGAGAGGGAUCAUUGGAAGUCACGAAUUGACCAAGUAAGGAAGGACGUCGAGUCCAAGGAGAAGGAUAUAUGCAGACUGUUGAUGGUUGCCGAGACCCAAAAGAAAGCAUCAAUCGAAUACAUUGAUCAAAUAACCAAACUCUCAAAGCAAUUCAAUAUAGAUGAUAGCAAGAAGAAACAUGACUAUGACAUUGUGGCAUUCACAGAGAUGGGCGACCUAUCUCAAUUCCAGAACCUUCCAUUGUCUCCAUACUGCGAAGCUGAUCAGCUGCAACAGGUUAGACCACAGAAGCCUAAACAUGUUGUGGCAGCAAACAUCAACAUCAACAACAGCAACUCCAACAUCACCAACAUCAUCAGUCCAAACAACAAUAUCAACAAUAUCAGUAGUAGUCCAACUAAUAUCAAUGUACAUAUCAAUGAAACCGAUUCACAGAAUAGAUCAAUCCAGGCACAGUCAUCAUCUAUAUCCAUACCUCGUGGAGUGGUCCGACGUAACUCAGAGACAAUGUCACCAAGCACAUUGGCCCACUUGUCACGCGCAUCUCCAUCCUCGCAUCAUCUUCAUCAACAGCUCGUUGUUGGUUCUCCCACUGAUGUGAUCAAUCACAAGCUCCAGGAGAUAGACAGGACAUGCAAGUGCGCCUCGCAAAAGGACAAGGAGCUGUUGAAGAUCAAGAAGAUUGCCGAGGCUGAGCGCACCCGGUUCGCCAUCCUCAAGGACAAGUACAACGACCUAGUCAGCGAGAUCAAGAUCACUCAACAACACAAUCUGGCCUGUGAGAAAUACUUGGCCAAGAUCUCA